AUGCCUGUCAUGGCGAAGCUGUCCGCCGACCCCUUCUGGCCUCCAGGCACCCGGGACAGUGACAUGCAUGUCCCGUUCCCCAAACUCACCACCGACUCCUCCUCCUCGAUCAUCUCUCCCCUGACUCUCCCGCGCGGUGUCCACGGAUACUUUGACCACGUCGUGGUGACCAACAGCAACAACCCCACACACCCUCGUCCCGUUUCGCAACCUCGAGGAAGUCAAAUCUAUUCGCCCUUGUCACCCCAUAUCCUGCCAGCCGCACAGCAAGCACAGUUCCAAUACGAUCAGAGCCGGUCGAGCAGUCUCCCGCCAACAACUCGCAACGGGGUCACAUCGCCCAGACUGCCAGGAAACGGAUCGAACAAGAACCAAGAUAUGGCGGCUGGGCUCACCAACAAAACGUUGGGAUCCCCGGGAGGCGGACUAGCCUACUCGCGGUCCGUCUCGGCGGACGAGGUGACUUCAUCCAGCCAUGACUGCAUGGUCCGACGGCUCCUUCAGCAAAAGGCGAGGAUGCAGGAGGCUUGGGAAGCGGAGCGCAAGUACCUGGAGGCGAACCGCGAGCGAGCCGAGGAGGUGUACAAGGAAGAACGGGCCCUUAUGGAGGAGGAGCGCGCCGAGUGGGAGGCCGAGAAGGCGGUUUUGGUGGGGGAAAUCGAACGGCUGGGAGGCACCAACCCCUCGUUGUCUUCGGAGAAGAGUUCACAUCUCGUGGGCCAGAAUGGGGGGUCAGCCGCCCGGAAUGCGUCUUCGCCGUUGCCCAUACCGGGCCCGAGGGCCCAGGACCUCGCUUCCCCAAGGUCACCGAAUGGGCCCAGCGCACCCACGGCCGAUUUUCUGAAGCAAGAUGAGGCACUCGAGGCCGCCGCCGAGCCUAUUCCGAUCGUUGACGUCAAGGAAAUCCAUCCAGAGUUGGAGGGCAUCCCAAUCAAGGCUACCAGCGUAAAGAAAGCCACCUUUAGAGAUACCGGGUCACAAAACGGGUCUAAAUCUUCCAGCCCAUCUGGCUCUCCUCCGUCAGGCUCUGAUCAACCCCAGAGCCCGCGGGCGAAGAAGGAACAAACCCUCCAAGUUCUGGCAGCCAAGGAAGCGGACCGCCUCACGAUGCACGCUGGCCACACGCCAAACCAUUCCCUCUCGUCGGUAGCAACCGCUGUUUCCUCAGGAACAGCUACUGCAACGAGCAACAGCGGCGACAGUACCCCGACCAUGCCGCAUGAAGAGGUCGCGAGCCAGGGCACAACCACUGGCGGCGAUGGGGGCGGCGUAUCUGGAUCGCAACAGGGCCCACUUAUGGUGAGGAACAUGCCGGCCCACGACGAGAUAUUCUUCCAGAAGCUGUCCGACAAGCUGGAAGAAGUCAGCAAGGACAACGUGGCUGCACUGCCGGCAGUGUUAAAGGACUCGGAACUGGCCAAGCAGACGGCACCACCAGCCGCCGGGGAAACGAAAACUCAGGCCGAAGACCAACCCGGCGCCGGUUCUGGGGUUGACUCCGAGGAUAAUAAGAGCAGCCCGAAAAGCGGCGACGAAGAACAGUUCGACGUCCCCUUGAAGUUCAAAAAACGCAUGAAUUUUGGCGCGCCCUUUGGGGAGUUCCGGUAG